AUGAGAGAAGGCCUGAUUCGCAAUGACAUUCAAAACAAAUGUCAGUCAUUGAAUGAGCAGCUCGAAUUUUCCAAAGACAUUCACGAGCAGGUAGGCAAAUGUUUCUCAAGAAAGCAGGAAUUGAAAGAUCUGCGAGCUCUCGCAAAUGACGACCAAUUCGCGCAAUCCAAAGAAUGGUGGAACGUGGAAUUCUCGAACUGUAUUAAGGAAAUUCAAUCUGAGUACGAAAAUAGACUCGAAAGCAUUCGUCUUGAAAUGGAGUCUUCUCUAGAGAAUUUCAACCAACAGUUUAUAGAGAACGCCACUUAUUCUAAUUCGCAAAAUGUUCUCGAAAGACAAAUCAGCUACCAGAGGAAUGAAAAAGGUCCGAUUUCAAUAGUCGAUGUGAAUUCCGAGGGAUUAUUCAUCAGCAUCGAAAACACGAACGAAUACAAAGUUUAA